CUCCAAAUUCAACCAAUGUCGUCAAAAUUGAAUUUUCCACUCAUAGUUGUUCUGAGGUUGGGCUGCUGCCACCACCAAGUGACCAUCUUAUAACAAGAACACAAUCAACGUUUGCAUCCUACGUGAUUCAUGGAGAUGACAAUAGUAAUUGGCCUUGCACUUGCAGUCCUCGUCUUCUUUCUCUUCAAGUUCCUUACACCUUCCAAAACCAAGAAAAACCUCCUUCCUCAACCAUGGAGGAUCCCCAUCCUUGGCCAUAUGCAUCAUUUGAUAGGUACAAUACCGCAUCGUGGUGUUACGGAGUUGGCACGAAAAUAUGGACCGCUAAUGCAUCUGCAACUUGGGGAAGUGUCCACAAUCGUGGUCUCAUCCCCGCGUUGGGCUAAAGAGAUCUUAACAACAUACGAUAUCACCUUUGCCGACCGGCCUGAAACCUUAACAGGCGAGAUUGUUGCGUACCACAAUACCGACAUUGUCUUUUCUCCCUAUGGCGAACAUUGGAGGCACCUCCGAAAGAUUUGCACUUUGGAGCUUUUAAACACAAAGAAAGUGAAAUCUUUUCAAUCGCUUCGUGAGGAAGAAUGUUGGAGCCUCGUUAACGAGAUAAAAGCAUCGGGUUCGGGGAAACCCAUCGAUCUUUCCAAGUGCAUUUCGAUUUUGAUUGCUAGGAUAGUAAGUCGAGCAACAUUUGGGAAAGGGAUUAAGGAUGAGGUAGGGUUUAGAGAAAUAGUGAGGGAGACGGUGCAGCUAACAGGAGGGUUUGAUAUUGCCGACAUUUUUCCUUCAAAAAAGGUUCUUCAUCACCUUUCGGGCAAGAGGGCAAAGUUGACUAAGAUUCACAAUAAGCUGGCCACUCUGAUCAACAACAUCAUUUCCGACCACCCUGGAAGCCAAUUGAGUUCAUCGCAAGAAUCCCUUCUAGAUGUUCUGUUAAGGCACAAAGAUGACGCCGAGUUCCCAUUAACAUCAGAUACUGUUAAAGCUGUCAUUUUUGAUAUGUUUGGAGCCGGGACUGAUACAUCUCAUGUAACAAUCGAGUGGGCGAUCUCGGAACUGAUAAAGUGUCCGAGAGCAAUGGAGAAACUACAAGUAAAACUGAGGGAAGCAAUAAAAGGUAAAGAAAGGAUUCAAGAGGAGGAUAUACAGGACUUGAUGUAUUUGAAAAAUGUGAUCAAAGAAACUUUGAGGUUGCACCCUCCUCUUCCUUUGCUUAUCCCUAGAGAGUGCAGGGAGCCAUGUGUGAUCGAUGGGUACGAUAUACCCAAAAAGACUAAGCUCCUUGUGAAUGUGUUUGCGAUAAAUAGGGAUCCUGAAUACUGGAAAGAUCCUGAAAGUUUCAUUCCAGAAAGGUUUGAAAACAGCCCCAUUAACAUCAUGGGAUCAGAAUACGAAUAUCUUCCAUUUGGGGGAGGUAGGAGAAGGUGUCCUGGUGCAUCCAUGGGUUUAGCCAAUAUUGAGCUUCCACUUGCUAAUCUUCUUUGCUACUUUAACUGGAAACUCCCGGAUGGUGCGAGCCAUGAGGAGCUCGAUAUGACCGAACUUUUUGGAGCUGCUAUUCAAAGAAAGACCAGGUUGGUUUUGGUCCCGAUGUUUCAAGAGAUCGUGGAUGGAUCUCGUUAAUCAGAGAUGCAUCUAGAUUAAGUUCCACAUUGUUUAAAGGGAUUUUGAGUUGAUGGGAUCUCCUUUAUUGGUUUAUGUUUUUGAAUUGUUGUAAUGAAUUCUAU